AUGCUUUCGGUAACUGAUCUACCUGUUGAGAUUUUGCUGGAAAUUGUGGGCGAGUGCCCUACAUCAAAGGGCGUGAGCAGGCAGUUCUAUAGAUUAAACAACGAGCUCUAUCGAGAGAAAACACUAGGUUUACUUCGAUCUACUACGUCGUUAGAAGAUUGCAAUCGGUUUUGGGAAUGCUGUGAGGACGAUAUUCGGAACUACAUGAAGAGUCUUAAUUUCUUGCGUAAGGAUGCGAGGAAAAUAGUGUCCACCAGCCUUCCCUUUAUUGAGGAUUCAUGGCAACUCAUAUUCAAUAUUUUGAACUGCACGUUAAAUUGUAUGAAUAUUUCAAAUCUUACAAGGAGUUUAGAUUCUCUAGAUUAUCAUAGACCAAUAUUUGUGGGUAGAUCCACUUUUCCGUACAGCAGUAAUGAUACUAAGAUUCCUAUAAAUGGGUGGUUCCACAUUAGAAGCUUAGAAGGAACCUUUAGAUUGGCCACAUUGGUCACGGAGAUCAGAAUUUCUCCGUAUGAUAAGUACAGAACAAUUAGCAUGCCCACAAAUAUCAGAGAUUUUAUAAAAGAACCAGGAAUCUACUGCUUUAAUAUGGGGAACGUACCUAAAUUUGAACUAUCGGAUGCAGCUGUGAAACCUCUUUUGGUGCCUUUCGAAAUAAGAUUGGUGGAAAGGGCUAUGACGCCACCAACUUAUUUUGAACAUUCAGAUUUGAUAUUUUUAGGUUAUGACUUUGUUAGUUAUGAGAGGAAUAAACCGUGGAUUUUUUUUCAUAUUGACGAAGAAUACAAGGAUGCAAUUUUCAAUCCGUUGGAAACAUCGUUAUCUAAGUCGCUUGUUAAAUUUACGAAAAAAUUUCGUAAUUCAGAUACAAAUCAGAAGAAUAUUUCUGUCAAGCCAAAUAUCGAACCUUAUUUUGAUUUGGACUCUAGACCAACAAGAUAUUUCAACUGGAAGUAUCCAAAAGAUAGAUCAGAUUUCUACAGAGAAAAAAUGUUGCCUGAUUGGAGGGCCCCUCAUUUGCAAUUUUGA